CUUUUCCAAAUGUCUUCAUUGAUAAUUCUUUCUUCUUCUUUUUUUACUUAUACACACCAGUAAAUGCCCGUCCCUGAACAAACAACUACUACUACUACUACUAUUAUACAUGCUUCCGAUAAACACAAUCGACAGCCUCUCCCAUCAAGAAUUUUUCUCUCAGGCCUUGACUGUUACAACUUCCCGUCAGAAAUCUGCGUUCAAUGGCUCUUCCACUCUGCGCCGGAAUCCAUUCAAGAUGCUGUCUUCAGGUUGAAAUCUGCCCUUUCCGAAGCACUCGAGCUUUAUCCUCCUAUGACCGGAACCAUUUGCAAGGACGCCAACGACGAUCUUUAUAUAUCCCUGGAAAACAGAAAUCGUCCAGGGACGCCAUUUAUAUUUGAAAUUAAAGACACUCCAUACGAUAACGAUGCGAGCGCAUUACAACCUCGCGAUUUCAGAGUGCUACUUCCAGUAGGAUCAAACACAUUCAUAGUAAAAGUAGUCCAGUUUUCCUGUGGUACCAUUGGUGUCGCAUCUUCUUUACAUCACCAGAUCGCCGAUCCACGCGGUUAUAUGGACUUUCAUGCAACCUGGACUCAACUCGCCCGGGGUGAACUUGUUGACUUGAAACGAAUCCCAUACGACUGGUCUCGUAUUCCCGGCCGCUUUUUUCCUCCGCCUAGUGAUGGUGAGCCGAUUUCACCUCCUCCUGGAAUUAUGAUCGUUUCACCCAAAGUUGACAGUACCUCUAACCGCUUUGGAAUACCCUCUGUGGCGACAAAGUGGAAAAUGAGCAAGUCUUCUCUGAUACAACUUAAGGCCGACUUGUCACCAACUCCUUCCUCUGCUACAGACAAAUGGAUAUCAACGGGCGAUGCGCUUACAUCCCUUAUCUUUGGAGCAAUAACUCGCGCUCGUGAAAAUGGCAAUGUGGCAAGAGUGGAAGGGAGAUCGAGUGUCGAGUCGCAGAUCGAGAGUAUCAUGGUGCCAGGUGAUGGUCGUUUCAGAAUCCCGCCAGGCAAUACGGAAGGCAGCUAUUUCGGUAAUUUGAAUAUAAACUGCAAUUACACGGUUACGCGCGCCGAUCUACUAUCUCCUACGCUGGAAGCUGCUAGGCGAGUUGCUCUUGCCAUUCGAGACCAGCUAGAAUGUCAGCUUUCGACUGAAGCUAUUGCUAAUCAACUUGCAUUUUUUGAGAAUCGCAAGACUAGCAAGUCCUCCGAACGCAUUUCUACGACAGCCGAUGUCUUUCUUAGCAACUGGUGCUGCUUUGAUCUACAAGGACCUAAUUAUGAUUUUGGCUUUGGAAAGCCUUUCAAAGCGACAAGCGGUAUUGAUGGUCGUGCUGUACCCGGGUUUGUGCUUCUGAUGCAGACUCACGAAUUUGGAGAAGUAUUUCUUUGGAUAGGUGUAGAACGGGAAGGGGGAGAGGAAUUGAAAGCCGAUUUACUAUUGAACAAAUAUGCAACCCUGGUCCAAUAGGUAGCAGUACACUUUUAUUUUAUGAUACAUAUUACUUCUUUAAUAUGUAAUAUAUAUAUUAUAAGAUAUUAUGCAGUUAUCAUAUCGUGUUUUACACAGCGGUGUAUUGCAAAUUUCUAAAGACGAACCCAAAGAAUUAUAUUAAUUAAAUUACUUCGUUUGCAGAGUUCGUCGCAAUUUUGUGACAAGUCGAGGAACAACAUCAAGAACCUCAUCAGAUGUGCUCAAGGAAUCCAACACUACGUCAAAAAACAUGAUUACGAGGCAGAUGAUAUGUAUCUUUGAGAUGAUGUUUUUUUAGCAAUAAAUCAAGCUCCUGAAAUUUCAAACUAUAAGACGACGAUGUCUGAUGCUCUAGCUAAUAAAUAAACUUAUGUAUUG